AGGCACACAGGCUCAGCACAGCUAGCUCACGCAAGAGAACUCUCGGUUUAAUUUUCCCAGCCGCGGCGCCGAGCGUACCGAUGGCGGACUGCAUGCAGGAGUGGCCGGAAGCCGUCGUCCGCGUGCAGGCGCUCGCUGAGAGCGGCCUGGCCGCCAUCCCGUGCCGCUACAUCAAACCGCCUUGCGACCGCCCCGCGGCGCCGGCGGCCCAGCAGCAAGAGCCCUCGGACGACAUCAGCAUUCCGGUCAUCGACCUUGGCGAGCUGCUCGCGAACGGCGCCGGCCUCGGCAACGUCACCCAGGCCGUCUCGGCGGCGUGCCGGGAGUGGGGGUUCCUCCAGGUGGUGAACCACGGAGUGCAGCCGGAGCUGAUGCGAGCGGCCCGGGAGGCGUGGCGCGGCUUCUUCCGCCUGCCGGUCACGGAGAAGCAGCGCUACGCCAACUCGCCGCGGACGUACGAAGGGUACGGCAGCCAGCUCGGAGUCGAGAAGGGCGCCAACCUCGACUGGGGCGACUACUACUUCCUCCACCUCGAGCCGGAGGCAGCAAAGAGCCCGGCAAAGUACUGGCCAGCCAAUCCUGGCAACUGCAAGGAGGUGUCAGAGGAGUACGGGCGCGAGGUGGUGAAGCUGUGCGAGCUGCUGAUGCGAGUGCUGUCCGUGAGCCUGGGGCUGGACGAGGCGCACUUCCAGCGGGCGUUCGGCGGGGCGGACUGCGGCGCGACCCUGCGCGCCAACUACUACCCGCGGUGCCCGCAGCCGGACCUGACGCUGGGCCUCUCCGCGCACUCCGACCCGGGCGUCCUCACCGUGCUCCUCGCCGACGAGCGCGUCCGUGGCCUGCAGGUCCGCCGCAGCUCUGGCGAGUGGGUCACCGUGCAGCCCGUCCGCGACGCCUUCAUCGUCAACGUCGGCGACCAGAUCCAGAUAUUGAGCAACUCUAUGUACAAGAGCGUGGAGCACCGGGUGAUCGUGAACGCCAAGGAGGAGCGCAUCUCCCUCGCGCUCUUCUACAACCCGAGGGGCGACAUCCCGAUCGCGCCGGCGCCGGAGCUGCUCACGGUGGCAGAUCAGCCGGCGCUCUACCCUCCGAUGGCCUUCGAUGAGUACAGGCUCUUCUUGAGGAAGAAGGGCGCUAAGGGCAAGGCGCAGAUCGAGGCUCUCAAGGGCCACUCAUGAUUGAUCACCAGAAAAAUAUAGUUGACCAACUGGACACGUAUAUAUCCAGUGGUACUUAGUUGGAGCUAGCUAGCUAUAGCUCCCACGUAUAAUAUGAUUGGAAUAACAUGUACAAUAAUUUAUAUCUCUAGCUAAUCAUGUGCAUGCAGUAGCUGUGCCCUCGGUGUUAGUGCUCACUCUUGUACACGCCAAAUUAUAUGCAAGGGUUAUACUAGUAUGUACUAUUCCACUAUAUAUGAAUGCUCCUUGGCAGCUUCUUCGAUCAUGCUGCC